UCGAUACAGUUGUUAGCAUAUAUUACUAUCUUUAGUUGACGAAGUGUUGGGUGAACUGUUUCAGCUGUGUGAUUUAUCAACUUUACAGUUUUGUCAUUUGUUUACAAGUCAUCCAAGUAAGCUAAGUGAGUAUCCAGUGAUUUUAUUCACAGCAAUGGCAACUGUAGAUCUGAACUCUAUGUGUCAACAGUACAGAAGAAGGAAUAAGAUAGAAGGUCUACCCGACCUGAAAGGUUUAAAGCUGACAGUAUCAGAUGUUAAAUGGAAGCGUCUCUCGUCCAAUCCUAAGCAGUUGACAUCUGAACCCAAGCAGUCUAUAGAUGUCAACAAAAACGUAGACACGGAGCUACACACUAAUGUCCAACAUAAGAGAAAGUUCACCAUUCAGCGUGGGAGAGUUACAGGGAUCUUUCAAAACUUGUGGGUGACAUUUGAAAAUUGGCUUGUCGGCUUCGACCCUGGGGCGGAAUGCUCAGAGGUUGUAGAGAAUUUCAAGAUCGUGCACAGUGGCAGGUCCCGACGGUCGAGCUGGUUUCAGUGGGUGUGGGGCGCCACACCACCAAAGAUGGAACACAAUGGUCAGCUUAGACACGACACGUAUGAACUAGAGUGCAAGGUGUCCUGUACUGGUAGAGUUCUUUUCGUGAACGCUGACGUCACCCAGGAACUGGCCAUUAAGGAGAUAGCUGAUGACGUGGGCUAUGACAGGAGCCUGUUGGAGACCUUCUCUGAGGGGUGGGUGAGCAGAUCAAGGGGCGUACGCUGGACACUGUCAGGGCGGUACACGUUCCCUCAAGUCUCGGUCCAACAAAUUGUUAUCAGUUAAAUACAUAUUUGUGUGUGAAAACUUGUAGAUUUACAUAGUUGAGAUAUCCAUAAUAAUUUUUUUUUAAAUUCAAAAUUUCACCAAUACUGCUUUAAACUGUACGUUUUAAAUGAAAUUAUACUUUGUUGAAAUUGUACGUAAUCAAAAUAAAAAUGAUAACAUUACGUAUUUUACAAAAAGGUACUGAUCUGUUUCUCUGUGCUAGUUAAUGUUUGUUUACAAAAACGAAAUUAUAUUAUGCAGUCCAAGUAAAGGUAGGCUUAUUGCCAGAUAGGAAUAUAUCUGUGUAAAUUAAACCAGGUAGGAAUAUAUCGAUAUGUAAUUAAACCAGGUAGGAAUUUAUCGAUAUGUAAUUAAACCAGGUAGGAAUAUAUCUGUGUAAAUUAAACCAGGUAGGAAUAUAUCUAUGUGUUACAAGGUGGUUAAUUAUAAAACAUUUUAAAUAUUUAUAUUUAAAGUAAAACCAUACAAAACAAUAUGACAGGCAAUGAAGCACACAUUUAAACGUCUGUUUUUUUAAUUAGAAAUACGUACCAAGGUAGGUAACUAGGUAAAUUAGGAUUUUGCUAAAAAUCAUGUACGAGUUAUUCCGCUUUUGCCUUAACUGAUUUGAUUAUGUUUAGCCUUUAAAAAAAUGAUUUAUACCAUUUGUUAAUACUUCUCACGAACUGUAGUCAAAAUGAAAGGAAGGUUGGUGACCCAAAUGUGAUUCUU